UUCAGUCUGAAAGGAGUCAGUGACUCACAUCUGUAAAUCGCAUUUUUAAAAAGUCUCAACUUCAAGUCACCACUGCAAAUAACCUUCAUAAAACAACAAUGACCGCAAAAUCAGGUACAAUGGCUCUUGUGGUGCUGGUGGCCUUCAGCUCCUGGCUGGCUCCUGCAUUCGGAUCAGCGUUUGGCAGGGAAGUGUUUGCUUCAUCGGAAGGGGCAGAUAAGGACAGAGACUAUGACAGCGCUUUUCAUUACGAUUAUGAAUCUCUGAGAAUCGGUGGCCUGGUUUUCGCAGUGGUGCUGUUCCUCAUGGGUAUCGCCCUCAUUGUCACCCGAAAAUGUUCCUGCUCAAAGAGCGACAAUUCAAGGUCCAGGGGUCCUGAUGCAGAAUCAGGAGUUCCAAGGGCUGUAUCCAACCUUUUAACUGCAGCCCAGCAACCUGCUAAAUAUCUCGGAGACGGAGCUCUUCUGCAUCUCCUGCAUCUCUACACUGCAGCCAUGGCCACCACAGAAAUGGUGUUUCCAGACCGAAGUGAUUUCGAUUAUGAUUAUGAGACACUGCGGACCACAGGGGUUAUUCUUGCUGUAAUUAUGUUUGUCUCUGGCAUUUUAAUAGCCCUGAGUAAAAAAUUCACAAAAUGUGUAAAAUCCUCACCCAAUUCCAGCUCAUCUGGUACCCAAAUUCCAAAGACAGAGGUGCCGCCUCAAACUGUAUAG